AUGCCUGCCUGUCUCAACAGUGGAGCAACGCUACUCAAUGCAUGCGACUGGGGUGUACAGGCGCCGCACAGAGAGUCAGAUAGCUUGUCUAUCCGGUCCCCAUUGAAUACACAGUGGGCUUUUCACACACACUGCGCUAACAAAGACAGCCAUGUUUGUCUGCUGCCCGAAACAGCUGCUGACUGCACAAACGUGUACGUGGAGUUUGACGGUCUAGACUGGCAGAAGCGUGAGUGGUUACGUGUCCAGGAUGAGGCCCAUCAGGUGUUCCUGGUAGAGAAGACCAUCGUGUGGGGACAACGCAUCGACCCGUACAGCUCACGCCCCAGCAACAUCCUCUGGCCAGCCCUGAACUUUAAAAUCUUGGUUGACCGUGUCGGCCUGUCCAACAGUAACCACUACCCUGUUGAGUUCUUCCUGGACAAACAUUUUCUUUGCUUGAAGAAGGACGAGAUUCGCCCCUUUGAGGAAGACAGCCCCAAGACUGCUCAUCAUCCAGUGUUCCAGCGCUACACGGAGGUGAAGGUGGACGUGGACAAGUGGCUGCAUGAGCAGAAAGUGCAGCACAUAUUGAUGAAAGCGCCCUACCCACUGACUGGCUAUAGGGUACAGGUCUACCGCCUCGGCUCCACCACCCAGUGGUUCUCAGCUGUCAUUACUGGUCAUGAUCUCUACACAAGGGAGUUGAUUGUAAUGGAUGACACAGUGCUGGAGAAUCACACGGAAAAUCCAGCCCUUGUCCAGAUGGUCUUUCUUGAUGACGUUGUGAGUUCUUUGCUGAAGGGGGAGAACGUUGGGAUCACCCCACGCCGUAGAGUGAACGCAGCCAACACAACGCAAGCAUCAAACACGGGUACAUUUUCUAGACCAGCUCCCCGGAGCCACAGUCCCAGUCAACCCCCAAGUCAGCAAGCCCCUCCCACAAAGAAGAAGAACCCUCGCUCCAAGCUGGCCGAUGUCCCCGAGGUAGACAAAGACAAGGACAAAGACAAAGAAGAAAAGGAGAAAGACAAAGAUAAAGAGAAAAUCGCCAAGGAAAAGUCCUCCAGCAACCACAAGUCCAAGAAGGAACGUAAACGGAAAGCGGUUGAACCCUUUGCCCCUGAAGAUCCUAAGAAACUUUUGACCCCACCCAAGAGGCCUCUAUCUCGUUCAGCGAGCUCCGAAUCCUCACUAGAUAAGGAGAAGACAAAGGAAAGGGAGAAAAUACCUGAGGAAGAGAAGCCCCGAGUCGAAGAACCGAACUCUAAAGAGGAGAAGAAAAGUGAAAAGACUCUGACAAAAGAGGAGAAAAAGGAAGCAAGGAAAGAGAAGGAGGAGAAACGGGAAGGCAAGGAGGAGAAGAAAUCCAAGGAAGAAAGGAAAGAGAAGAAAGAACGCAAGCAUCACCACCAUCACUCUUCCCGCUCACCGGAUCACGAGAAGCACUCCAGCCGUCACCGCAGUAAAUCGCGUAAGCACGGCAGCGAGGACAAGAAAUCUGAAACCAAAGACAACGCGGGCCUCGUCACUGGUGAAGGAAGGGACAUUGCGCACACAGAACGCAAGCACCACAAAAGCAAGCACAGGUCUAAAACCCGGGAGAGCAAAUCCAAGGUCGACAGUGAGCAAACAUCAGCCGAUAGCCAACAGGAGACGCCGUCGUCAACCGUUGUGGAACCGGAGAGCCAACAGACCUGCAGCACCACUAUAUUUUCAUCAACUUCCGUGCCCAGUGUGACCAGAUUUUUUUCGCAGUGUGUUGAGAACAUCAUCACCAGGGAGGUGACUCGGGAUUCAGAAGCGGGCAAACAUCAGUUUCCUGUGAGCAAAGACUCGACAUCUAGAGUAUGGGAACCGCCUCGUGUGCCCGACCCUACUGGAGCCGAUUUGUUUCAGUUUGAUGAUGCAACAAAUACAAGCACAGCUUGUUCUGUGACAGCCAGGACAGACUCAACAAUCACUACCUCCACUGUAUCAGCCGCAGCUCCUGUCGUAUCCACUCCUCUGAACUCUGUGAAUCCAUCAACAGUUAGGACUAAUCCAGUGCAAAAUCCUACCACUGAGGUUCCCAAACUCAACCCUGUCAGUCAGAGUUUGGAUGCAGAUUCGGCCACUGCACCUCCACCCUCUGAGAACCCCAAAUUACUAUCAGAGGUGUCAAAUGAGGAGGAACCAAGAGUAGCUGAGGACGAGAAAGAGAAAAGUGUAGCUGCUCUAAGCCAAGAUUGUAAGCCUGACACUGACAAGCAGGAGGAUCAAGUCCAAGGAAGUGAAGACCCCACAACUGCUUCCUUGAAAUCAUUGGAUGGAACUGAAGAACCAAAGGGCCCCAAAAUUGAGUCUGAUACUUUGGAGUCUGAACCAAGAAAGGAGACCUGUUCCAAAAGUCCAAAUUCAAGUGCCAAAGCACCCCUUUAUACGUCGGAGCCAGUUGAAGUGUAUCGGGAUCCCAGCCUGGUGGACUCCGCAGUUACACACAUUGAAUCUAUCCAGCACUUCCGCCAUUUAAGCCGGGAGCAUACCCCAUCCCCAAGCCAUAAGCUGUUAGGCCCCUCACCACACAGUACUCUCCGUGCCACGCCGACAGCCAUCGGGGUUAAACCCAGUGCAUUUGUGCCUUCUGCAGGGGCCAUCCCAUCAGCCGGCCACAUUCCAGGGCAUCCUUCCUUACAGCGCCGUCCAAUGUUCUCCCAGGUUCAUAUGUACCCUCACCCCCUAACACCCCAUGGACUGUCCACCUAUGCUGCCACACCUCACCUGGCAGCCCUGGAACAGCAGCACUUGCACCCUUCCCAUGUGGCAGGGUUCAUCCACCAGGAUUCCAUCGCCCGCUUGAGACCUCAGCUGGGCUACCCGACCCUCAUCAGCCCUCAGCUGGUGGCCCAGCUCCAGGCCCAAGGCUUGCACCCGGGUGGGAUGUCAGCAGCACAGCUGCAGGCACUGUGGCAGCAGCAUCAGCAACAACAGCAACAUGCUGUCUCCUUGGGAUUACCAACGACUUGGGUGGUACACCCUGAGGAGCUCAGCCAUCUGCACCAUUCACAACAGCAGCAGCAACAACAGCAGCAGCAACAACAGCAGCAGGAGAAAUCACAACCAGCUCAACCGCAGGGGCAGUCCCAUCCAGACAGCAAGAUGCAUACACCCAGACCAACCUCGCAGCCUGCUCCUCACAAAGCAGUGCCUGCACCUCAUGACAAUGGACGAGAUACCACUGUCAGGCAUUACCAGGAAUAUCCCUCUUCGGAUGCCCAGGCGCUAGUGCAGCGACACUUCCAGGAGUCGCUCCGCAAACUGCAAGUGCCGUUCUCCUUCAACACGUCCGCCACCACCACCUGCGUGGGCAGCAUCACGACGGGGACGGCCAUACCCAAGCAGGAGGGGCACCCUCUCCCGACGGAUUCCCAGUCGGCUGAUCCUGAGGAGAGGGCCAGACGGGAACGAGAGGAGAAGGAACUGGAGUGGCAGAGACUCCAACGCGACAAGGAGAUGAAGCUACAGCAGCAGCAACGAGAGAGGGAGCUGGAGAGGAGGCUACAGCCUGAAAAAGGACAGCACUCCUUGAGUCAGAUGGAGAGAGAUCGUUACCUCAAGAUGCACUCGUCUGGUGAGCAAGCCCGCAUCCAUGAAGACCGGCUGUACCGGAAGGGCUAUCUUGGCCAGACCUCGGAGAGUGAACGUCUGCAGAGGCAUGAGAAAGACCAUGCAACAACUGCCGAACUCAUGAAACUGAAAACAGAAGAGAGUCGAAUCAGAGAAGGCCAUGGCUUCAAGGUCUACCAUCCCGCACCCAAGCCCGACGGCCACAUAGCGUAUUAUGGCACAGUGCCGGCAAGAUAUGAGGACUCCCGCUCUGGGGUACCAGUGAGGACUGAACAGUCCAAACACAUGCCUGCCUUCCACAUCAAGAGUGAACCUCCAACUGGUUAUCAGCCGUUCAGGCAUGCCAUACCCAGCAGUCACCCAGAAAAUGCUGGCCUUGAAGGAGACUCAUCAGCUGACGACAGCAAACCCAAUAUUGCAUUCUUAACUAGAACUGCUGACCCUCUCAGGACAGGUAGUAUAACCGCUGGAAUACCCAUCAAAGCGGUGGGUGCAUCCCGCAAGGAUAUCCCCACGCCUCCACCUCUCCGCAGAGACCCGGAACCUGGCAAAGCAGGAGAGGCAGCACCGCUAACCUGCGCUAUUCAGAGCAGGGAUAACCUGGGACAUCAACCGAUGUACACAGUUGCUGGGGGCUCCUCCCAACAUCCUUCAUUGCAGUCUGGCAAAUCAGCCUACGCGAAAGAUGCUGUGGAUCUGCGAGUUGGUGACAGUGCUCACAAUGUGCCCGUCAUUGUGCACAGUUCCAUCGGCAAGCCUCCACCCCUGCAGGGCCAGUCGGUUCAGAGCUUAGCAAACACGAAUCGCAGCACUGGCCUGCAGCCGCAGUCACCACUACGUGUGGCCACUCCACAGCAGCUCUCUGCUGCUGCCUUGCAGUCCUUUGAGUUGCAGAAAUCUGGGAAGUCGCCAUCGGGGUAUCCCCAAUCCACAACCCAUUCCCCUUUUUCCCUGCAGUCGGGGCACACUUCCCUUCUCAUGUCUGCCUUAAGACCGAAUGACACCAGUCGGCCAAGUGAUUAUCCAUCUCCAAUGGAUUCAUCCAGAAGUACGGAUGUGCCAUCCACAAAACGCAAAUCCGGUGGAUCAGGUGGGGCAACAAAGCGCAAGCAUCCCAAGGUCAAAGGAAAGCACCCAGAAGCAUGUGAUGAGGCAGGUUCUGCCUUGAACUCAAACACUGAUGACAGGAAACCCAGCGGGGCUUUCUUUGCUGAGACCUACAAAUCCUUUGCCAAUGAUGCACGCAACAGUCAGAUCACAGGCGGGUCUGCCCCUGAAACCUUCAGUAGGGAGACCAGGAACAAUGAGAAUGUUGAACUCAAAAUUGAGAAAGUGGACCAGUACCGACUGGGUCUUGACCCGUCUGGUUCUAUGCCUAUGUUCAGUGAUCGGAUUAACAAUGGAGCUAUGUCAGACAGCGAUAGUACACGAUCCUGCUCCCCAAAGGCCACAGGCAGUGAGUCGUCCGACAGCCGCAGCGUCAAGACAGCCUCGCCCAACCGAUCUGGUGGUCACGUAAACCUGAAGAAGGCAUGGCUCCAACGUCACAAUACCUCCUCAGUCAUCCCGUCCAGUGGCACAACCAGUACUCUAACAGAGCGCAAACUGUAUGAGCUUGGUGUCAAAACACCCAACAGUGACUCUUUAAAACUGCUGGAAUCCCAGUCCAAGGAGAGGCUUGCCCAGGCCAUCCCCAAUGGCCACAUGCAACAGGCAGCAGGCUACCUCAACAGCAGUCGAGGUGGGGACAGUAAGCCCCUCAGUGCCGUCACCCUCGCAGACAUUCCAAAGAGCAGCGUUCCGGACCACGUCUAUGACUUUGACAACUCGUCCACGUGCUCGGACAGCUCCACUACCUCCAAGAGCCGCAGCAAGCGUGGCCGAGAGUCCAAACACUCCAAGAAACACCGGGACCGGAAAAGACGCUGCGGCUCCAGCGACAGAAAGAGCAAACACCACAAUGACAGCAGCAAGGAGCUUGCUAAAGGACGGGGCAGUGUGGUCCCUGACAAACAAACUGCCGAGGAUAAUGAUUACGAUGGAUACAAAAACUUCAGUGUUCACAGUGUUCAUUCAGAAGGAGACAGAACAACAGAAUUCAAGUCUCAGAUACCAGCCGUCAUGGACCGGUUGAUUCUGGCUCCCAAGAAACGCAUAGUCACCCGGGCACGCAAGGAGAAGGAUAAGUUUGAUGCACUGAAUGUGAGCCGUGCCCUGGUCAAGCCCUCCGUCUCCAAGCUCAAGAAGACCGGUGAGCCCUUCCUGCAAGACGGGGCCUGCUGCGACGUCACCCCAAGCCUGAUGAAAUGCCGCGAGUGCCGCAUGAAGCCCAGCUCCAGACACUCCAAGAUGAACAUCUUCUGCCGCUUCUAUGCAUUCAGGAGACUGCGGUACUCCAAGAACGGCAACUUGACCAUCGCCGGUUUCUCUGAGCCCAGCCACUGCCAGCCAGAGGAUCUGACGCCAUGGUUGCCGUAUCCGCCGGACCCUGACUGCCAGCUGGAUGUGGAGACAUCCAAGUACAUCCUGAAGAAGGUUGGGGACCAGUUCUGUGAGCUGGUAGAGCAGGAACACCAGGCUAAGUCCUGGAGCAUCGCACCAGGUAAAAUUGCCUGGAAGAGGGCAGUAACAGGUGUGCGGGAGAUGUGUGACACUUGCGACACGACGCUGUUCAACAUUCACUGGACCUGUUCUAAAUGUGGCUUCGUGGUCUGCCUCGAUUGCUACAAGCAGAAGCACCCUAAUCCUAAAGCCAAACACAAGAUGAAGCCUGGACUGGCUUGGCUCAAAUGCAUCAAGGAUCAACCUCACCAACCAGACAGCCUCAUACUCACACAGAUCAUCCCUGGAUCGGCACUCUGGGACGUGGGUAUGUUGGUUCACCAGAUGCGGACCAAGUGGAACAUUGCCGCCUCAUGCCCCUGCAGCAAGAGAGCCCUCAACAAUUCACCCGACAAAGUGCCUGCCAUCAAUGGCCUCUCACCAGUCUUACUUAAUGAUAAGACACCCAGUGAAUCCGGCAAGACUGAGCCCAGUGAUUCAGGCCACUCCACGCCCGUAAACAGCAACUCGAGGAGUCCCAAGGCUCCCAAGCUGACCUCCUUCCCCUCGGCGUCUCCCCUGGACGUCUUAGCCAACGUGGCCUCCUCCGCCCAGUCUGAGAGCACUAACCGCUUCACAAACUCCUCACCCAAAUCCUAUGAGCUGUCUGUGCCGGACACCAAGGCGGGCACCCUGACCACAGACAAAGUCACGCGUUCUGACGCCGAGUCGGCCAAGAGCGAGAGCUGCUCCAAGCUGCGGGAGCUCCUGACCAAGACCGCGGGUAAACUUGGACGUCCGACGGGAGGCAUGGAUGGCUCAGCGUACCUCAUGACAGCGUUCCUCCCAAAAGGCGACAACGCCAACAAGAAGUCCACUCGCACCAUGACCAGUACCUUCGAAGACAUCAUCGCAACAGUUGUGGAACAGAACAUUUCGGCGCCGGCGCUGAACAAGCACGAUCGGGGUUCUGUCAAGACACCCACCCGGCCAGCCAGCCAGCAGACGAUGGCCAUCGAUCUACCACCAAGCAUUUACACCAAUCCGUCCCAAAAGCCAGACUCGCCUACCACGGUCAGCGUGAAUGCCAUCGGUGAGGCCGUGCUGCCGCAUGUCAGACAGACCUUGACCGAGUCCAGCGUGGAAUAUCCUGACGUGCCUCAUUCCUGGCUGUGUGAUGGCAGGUUGUUGAGGCUGCAUGAUUCCUCGCACAAGGGUAACUUUAGAAUCUUCCAAGGGCAAUGGAGAAGAGGAGCACCCGUGUUGGUAAGCGGUGUCCGCAGGCUGCUGGACGAGAUACUCUGGCAUCCCACUUUCUUCAACCAGAAAUUUGGGGAACUAGCCAACGACCUGGUUGAUUGCAGCACAGGCAGUGUCAUCCAGGGAGCGCCCAUGAAAGACUUCUGGGACGGCUUUGAGGAUGUUCAAAAUCGCCUGGAGACAAAGCAAGGCCAGCCUCUGAUCCUGAAGCUGAAGGACUGGCCUCCUGCCGAAGACUUCGCUGAGUUGCUCCCAGAUCACUUCCAGGACCUGAUGAAGAAUCUCCCACUACCAGAGUACACACGCAGGGAGGGCCGUCUCAACAUCUCAGCACGACUGCCCGAUUUCUUUGUCAAGCCAGACCUGGGACCAAAGAUGUACAAUGCAUAUGGUCUUGCGUCUCGACCUAAAGAAGGCACCACCAACCUGCACCUAGACAUCUCAGACGCGGUCAACGUCAUGGUGUACGUGGGCGAAGACAAGCAGGGCCAGAACGGCAAGGUCAGUACCACCACCUGCGACCUCAGCCAGGACAUCCUGGAUGCUAUCGACGAGGUCUGCCACGACGAACAGAGCAGGCAGCGGGUCAGGGAGACCGGGGAGCGACCGGGGGCCAUCUGGCACCUGUUCCAUGCCGACGAUGCCGACAAGAUCCGGGAGCUGCUGACCAAGGUGGCCAAGGAGCAAGGCCAGGAGGUGCCGGAGGAUCACGACCCCAUCCAUGAUCAGAGCUGGUACCUGAAUGAGGUGAUGCUGGAUCGGCUGUACAAAGAGUACGGGGUGCAAGGCUGGCCUAUCGUGCAGUGCAUGGGAGAUGCUAUCUUCAUCCCUGCUGGGGCGCCACAUCAGGUGAGAAAUCUUUACUCUUGCAUCAAAGUGGCCGAGGACUUUGUCUCUCCGGAGCACAUUUCCCGGUGUUUCCAGCUGACCCAGGAGUUCCGACGUCUCAGCAACACCCACUCCAACCACGAGGACAAGCUCCAGAUCAAGAACAUCAUCUUCCACGCCGUCAAGGACGCUGUGGGAGUCCUCAUGAACCAGGAGAAGCAACUGCAAGCUAUCGGCGACUCCCCACGGUGACAGGAAUUGUAGGGAGUAGGCUUUGUUGCUGCAUUCACAGGUUAUUUGUCCUGGAGUGGGUGGUCCAGAUAUCCUCCAGGGUUGCAGAUUUUAGUGCAGGGAAUUGAAUCCCAUGGCUUUUCCCAUCAUUUCCCCUGAAUGCCCUGGGAUAGUCUGUGGCAUAUUUUCCUACGGGAUACUUUUGAGGGAUGGGAUUGCUGUUUGUCCUUUUGAGUCAUGACAUUGUCCCCUGAAAACUUGUCACCAUGCACUACUUUAACAUGUUAUUGGCCUUCAUUGCCCAUGAAAGCCAAUGAGACAUGUCUUAAAGCUAGGGAACUAUGGACGAAUAUCCAACCCCUCCCCCCACCCUUUUUUUUUGAAAGAGGAAGAGUUUCUCUCAAACCAGACAGAUUUGGGGAAAACUUAUGGUCUACCUACACAAAGUAGUCUGGAUUUCUUGUCUUUCAAGAUGCGGCUUGUUUUUUUUUAUUGAUUGAUGGAGAGACUUGCAGAUUUGAUUUGUUGGACCGUGGCUGUCUGGUAGCCAUGGCGAAGGAUGAAAAUUGACUUCCUUGACUCACAAGUUGGAGGAAUGAAGAAAACACAUGAAAUUUGUGGCUGAUAUGUGUGAUCAAAUAGAGGGGAGAUUUCAAUACAUCACAGAUCACCCAUGUUUAUCGCACUGAAUAACAAAAUUUUGCACAGACGUUUUUUUUCUGAGGCACAGGAACUGCCUGUGUUGACUACCAUAAACAUGAGUAUUCUAGCAUCUGCUUAUAGCUGUUCUUACACGCACUAUAUUUGUAUGGAUAUAUGAAUUCCUUUAUACGAUGAUUGGAGGGAACACGGGACAUCUGUUGAAUGAGAAAAUUACCUCAAUUCUUGUUUGUUUUGGUUUUCAUGUGGAGAGGGAGUUGAUGUUGAGAUCGAUGUUAGUGGGAAUUGUACUGAGAACUUUCAUCAGAUUUUCCCCAAAAAAACUUUUGUGCAUUGUCAGUGAGCUUGCACUUUGAAGAGUUGAAUUGUAAAAUGUCAUAUUGAUUGAUUGAGAAAGUGUAAGUAGACGUUAAUUGAUUGCAGGUGGUUACAUAAUCCAGCUCUUGUUUUUUUUUUAUCGGUUUCAUUUGUGUGGUUUGUAGUUAUUAUUUUGGAAAGUGUGACACUCCACUUCUGUGUUUAUAUCAGAUGUAGUUUGGUCAGUUCUUCUUUGCGCCAGAGAAAGAUUCGCUCUCCUGGGAACAUUUUCAACUUUGCUGUUUCUGCAUUCACCAUAGCUUUGAUCUGUUUUGGUUUGGAAAUAAUAUGGUCAUAAGUCUUGAGUGUUGUGACUAUCUGGGUUUUGUUGUUUGUUUUUGGAUAGAAAUGACUGGUGAAGAGUUUUUGAAGCACACUCGUGUUUUCCAUUUGAAUGGAGCAUUCGGGGCAUCUUGACCAUUUGUUGGUCUGGCCUCGGUUUGAGCAUCACGAGUUGAAUAACACUGUUAAAAAGUGCAACUCAGAUUUACAAAUUUGUGUAAAGAAUUGAGUUGAGACUCUAGCGAAACAUGUCCUAGUCUCUUAUUGUUUGAGCUUGAUUGUAGUGCAUUGGAUGAGAACUUUUUCUAGUAUUUUUUUGUUCUUGUAAAGUUGUGGCUCCUUGGUAGUGCUGAAGUUAAAAAGCUGAGAAAAAAACAUACAUUCCACUUUUGUUCCUUUUUUUUCUUCUGAACAUGGUUUGCUAUUACAGUAUUGGCUGAUUGUCCUGAUGUCGGUGGAAACCUUGCAUUAUUAAAUGUUUUGUGUUCAUUAAUUUAUAGGCAGUUGUUUUGGUGAGAUAUUUGGUUCCCUCUCAAUGUUGUGCUUCAUUGUAUUCCCUGAGUAGCAAAUAUGAAAUGUUUGAUAUAUUUAGGCCAAGCAAUUUCGGAGAGUGAUAAAUUUAUCCAUUCAUCUGACCUACUCUAAUACUUUUUUUAAAUCUAUGUAUAAGACUUUGUUUUGUUGUACAUUUACACUGAGCCAUAUCUGUAAUGUUUUUGCAAAGAUUUCGCUUUCCAGAAUAAUAAACGAUUUGAGACAAAUUUAUAUUAUUUGUGCACAAUGGGAAGCCUUGUUUAGCCAUUUGUAAGUGAUUUCUCGUGACAGCGCAAAAUAGUUGGCAUUUGAGAUUUAGCCGUAAACCCAAUGCAAAGAAAGAGGGUUUGGUAAAGCUUGGGAAGCCAUGAAUUUAUCCCUGUAUGGUGAGCUCUUUCAGUAGCUUUGAUGAAGAUUGUUGGUGGAAGUGUGUACACAUUUCCAGAAGAAUUCCAGUUAUUCAAUGAAGUGUAAAUUGUAAUUUGAUUGUAGCAAACAGUUCAAGCUGUGCUUGACUGGUUGUGGUUGAAAUUGAUCCUUUGGUUUUUUUUACUGCCUUAGCUGAUUAAAACAAAUCAAAUAGAUGAAAUGAUGAGAAUUCUUAGAAUGAUAAACUGAAGACAAAGUUCAGUUUAAGUGCCCUUGGACAAUUGUUUUUUCCUGUACAAAUAUUGUAUAUUAUGAAUGAAAAUUGUGUGUAGUGUGUAUGUACAUGUACAUUGAUUUAAUACCGUUUUUUUUAGUGAUGGGAAAACAAUUGUACAAACUCUAAUGGCCAUACAUACAUUGUUGUUUGUGUAGGAUGGCACAGUAGGCUCACGGUCCCUUAGUAAGUAAUGAAUCGGUUGUCAUAACUGGUGGUUUUUCUUUUUUGUUUAUCUAGUGUGAACAGAGGGUUGAGCUGCGUGAGUUUGCCUUUAUAGUGUUUGUACAUGUAGCGAGUUCAACAUAAUGGAUACAUUUUUCUGGGAUUAGUUAUGACAAAUGACAAAAUACUGUGUCGUUUCACCUUGAUCCGUGUCCGGCGUGCAUGGCAUUCUGGGUAAUGCAGUGCAUUCUGGGUGAAGUGAACUGGGUUUUUUUCUGAUCCUUCAUAUCACUUGUGUAGCUGUGCUGUAUAUAUGUCACAUAGUGUUAUUUUUAUAUGAAAGAAAAAUAGAUUAAGUCAGGCUAUAAAACGAAGGGUGUGGAUGCGGUUGGAGGUGUUCACCAACGCGAACCUCCAUCCCCCCAAAAGGGCUUUGUACAGUUGAAAAUAUGUGAAUACACGCACCCUAUUUUAUCAGAGAUUAAAAAAAAAUCAAAAAAUCUAAAAACUAUCUGUAUGCAUGGCUUGGCUUGCUAGAGCUCAUUAUUACUAUUAAAUUGUAAAAUGAAGGAAAAAAAUUAUGAAUCUUAAAAUAAA